AUGGACGCGAUCAAAAAGAAGAUGCAGGCGAUGAAGCUGGAGAAGGACAACGCACUUGACCGCGCUGCCAUGUGCGAGCAGGAGGCCAAGGAUGCCAACCUUCGUGCUGAGAAGGCAGAGGAAGAGGCCAGACAGCUCCAGAAGAAGAUCCAGACGAUUGAGAAUGAGCUCGACCAGACACAGGAGGCCCUUAUGCAGGUCAACGGCAAACUUGAGGAGAAGGAGAAGGCAUUACAGACCCUUUAUAAUCUUCAAUAG